AUUUUAUCCUUUUAGUUAUACUAGUUUAAUCGUCCAUUUUAAUAAGUUACAAUCAGGAGAUCAAAUCUUAGAAUUAUUUAAACAGCAUUCUCAGCAGCUUCUUUAAGCGGUAUAUAUAUAACCAAUAAUACAAUUCAUCGGCAUCGCGAGACCUCUUGUACAAGCAAGGGAUAGAGAGAGCCGUAGCCAUGGACGACAUUCUAGAUCUAAAGGAUACCACCCCAAAACUCUUGGCUUUUGCUGCUGGUCCAUCGGCACCGCACCAUAAAUUAGACAUGGAUGUGGGACAAUCCUUAUUGAGGCUGUGGACACGAUUCCCUCCUCUAGGGUGUUUAGUUUCUUGUCGCUAUUCUCCCUGAGUUUUCAUCGAUUGUCUCACGGUUUUACUAUUCCUCUUCCCCCCGACCUGUUAAAAUACUACGCGAUAAACAAUGCGGACGGGCGACGUGUUUUUGUCGACCUCUCUGGUUAUUGGAUAUGUCCUCGGUCAGAAUUGUCCCGGUUAUUCGAGUUACUCCCAGUCGCGGAACCCUCCUUUCUCGUCCGGUGCCUACAAGCUCGCGUAUCAGCGACCCGGCCCCGAAUGUCGUACUUUUAACUCGAGCCUGAUCGAGGAUGCUAUUAACAAGACGAAGAGUGUCAUUUUCGAUGCGGAUCUGUCACGUCUUUUCGAAAAUACCUUCCCGAAUACGCUCGACACGGCUGUUAAAUGGCGAGGAGUCGCUGCUAACAACUCCGAGGAAGAGUUGGCUUUCAUAAUUACCGGCGACAUUGAUGCGAUGUGGAUUCGCGACUCGGCGAACCAGAUAGCACCCUACAAAACCGUCCUGAAGAAAAAGACCGAUGAUAUCGCCUCUGUAUUUCGCGGUACUAUUAAUUUACAGGCUCGAUAUCUAAUCAUAUCACCUUAUUGCAAUGCUUUCCAGCCUCCACCCGAGUCCGAUAUCUCCCCAGCGCAAAACGGGGGUAUCUAUUCUGUCACGCCGUCGUACGAUCGCAAUAUUGUUUUCACUUGCAACUUUGAGCUUGAUGAUUUUGGAGGAUUCUUGCAGCUCUCGCAUGAUUAUUAUAAUGCGACAGGUGACUUGGAUUUCUUCGGCAAGUUCCAAUGGAUUCAAGCAGUGCAAUCUAUUCUUGCUACAUCGGAAGAAAUGAGGCAGCCUACAUAUGGACCUGAUGGGAAAUGGAUUCCCCCUGUAUACACAUUCCAGUCGCAGACCAUGACCGGUUCUGGCACUCUAGGAAACAAUGGUAUCGGAAGCCCCGUUAAUGAGACAGGCUUGGUACGCUCGCCAUUCCGCCCGAGUGACGACUCCGCUAUAUUCGAUUUCCAAAUCCCGGCAAAUAUGAUGCUAUCGAGAUAUUUGGAAUCUACAUCCGAUAUCAUGGAACGACUACCAAAUGCGCCAAAAGGGUUGGCGCAAAAGAUGCGGGACAUGGCUACCGAGAUUAGGGAGGCCAUCAAUCAAUGGGGUAUUGUGACUGCGCCUAACGGCAAGAAGAUCUUCGCAUACGAGGUUGAUGGUUUUGGAGGUCAGAAUUUGAUGGAUGAUGCCAAUGUCCCAUCGCUUCUCUCGGCACCAUUUCUAGGAUACUUGGACAAGAACGACACUAUUUAUCAAAACACGCGAGCUUUCGUUCUCAGCAGAAGCAAUCCGUGGUGGUGUGAAGGACCUCAUCUUAACGCUAUCGGUAGCCCACAUAUUAGACCGGGAGCUGCAUGGCCCAUGUCGUCUAUCAUACGAGCGAUGACCUCGGAUGAUGACGCGGAAAUCAUAUCAGCAGUUAAAGAAGUGUUGAGCACCACCGAUGGAUAUGGUUUGAUUCACGAGAGCGUCGAUAGCUUUGAUACGAGCAAUUGGACGCGUCAGUGGUUUACUUGGGCAAAUGGACUUUUUGGCCAAUUAAUUAUGGAUCUAGCAGAGAGGAAACCACAUAUAUUGAAAGAGAACUUCCAGCCCUUCUUUAUAAAUAAGAAAUAGAAUUAUGUGUGUAAUCUGGUCUUACCCUAGGUAAGAUGUCAUUUUCUACCUAAGUCUUACAAUAUUGGAUAAUGCCAAUCUUCAGGUCAUCAUUUACCUUAUUCUUUUGCGAGUGACACUUACCUCAACAUAGUAGGUACCUACCUAGGUAACUAAACUUUUUAUGAAGUGUUGAAUAGAUAUCGUCAUUUCUUUCCUCUAAAUUCAUCCGAUAUCUAACCGCCACGGCCAUUAAUUCAAUUAUGGAACGCCUAGAGAAUGAACCUUAUGGAUCAUCGGACGUCCGUGAUACCUGGGGAAUAUAUAUUUUAAGAUUCUGUCUGGUACAGCUAGACCGUAACAAGGAAAGUCUCGCUUAAUGAUAGGUCAGCUACAGAACCUAACUCUAAAUAAACCUCAAAGGUCUAGCGGCUCUACCAUAUAAGCCCCUUUUUUCACUUCUUCCGACAAAUCGUAUAGGCCACGAUCGCUAUAGGUUUUCCUUUUUGAUAAAAUAUUUGCUACCAUAUGAUUUUGCACAUUAAUCAACUUUUAUUGGGA